GGCGGGAGGAGGGCGGUGUCCGGGGCGGCCCCUCCCGCAGCCCCCCAGGCUUUCCCGCAGCGUCGGCGCCGCCGAUGGCCGAGGUGCCGGAGCCCGAGCCGGGGGCGGCCGAGGGCUGCGCGGCCGGAGCCGUGGAGACGCCGGGCUGGACGGCGCCCCGGGGCGCGGGCCCCCAGGCUCGUUGCCCGGGUUUUCCGUGUCCCGUUCAGCCCGGGAGCUACGAGACCCGGCACUACGGACCGGCCCGCUGGGUCAGCACUCGCGUGGAGUCCGCGGACUGGGACUCCGCCGUCCAGACGGGCUUUGCCAGGCUGAACAGCUACGUUCAAGGCAAAAACGAGACAGAGAAGAAAAUAAAGAUGACAGCUCCGGUGACGACCUGCGUGGAGCCCGGGGCGGAUCCCUUUAGCCAGCCUACCAUCACUGUCUCCCUGUAUGUACCCUCCGACCAGCAACCUGAUCCGCCCAGGCCCUCAGAGGCAGACGUCUUCAUUGAAGACAGAGCUGGAAUGACCGUGUUUGUGCGGUCUUUCGAGGGAUUCUCUAGUGCCCAGAAGAACCGAGAACAACUCCUGACAUUGGCAAGCAUUUUGAGGGAAGAAGGAAAAGUUUUCGAUGAAAAGGUUUACUACACUGCAGGCUACAGCAGUCCUUUCAAAUUGCUUAACAGAAACAACGAGGUGUGGUUGAUUCAGAAAAAUGAACCCUCCGAAGAAAAGGAAUGAGAAACAGAGGAUGCUCCGUUGCCAGGGGCAGCGCUUCUGUGCGUAGACGUCGCACCACCUGCAAUAACCCACGUCUGCCGUCUCCGCUGAGUGUCCCCCUCUGAACUGAGCUUGUUCCCAAGGUGCCUUCUCAAUGCUUGCACUCCAUCUAGACACACAGGUCAGCUAGUGGGGCAGCAUCCCAGACCCUCGGGUGGGUCGCAGCUCGAGCGCGUUACCUCCUCGAGGCUCUGGGAGAUGCUGGGUCACCCGCUUCUUCUCUGUAUCAUAGUCACGGUGCCUUUCUCUGCUUGGAUUCGUGUCAGUUGGAGGUCAUCCCCUCCAGACAUUAGCAAUAAAAAUGUUAAAGGUAUAUCCCGUGUGGAACCACUGGGCUGUCGGCCUGGAGAGGUGGUGUGCAGUUGGACACGAAAGUCAGAUUGUCUGUUGAGUCCUUGUCCUCGUCAGCCUGCUGCCCGCACCACCCAAGAAAAUUCUCACGGUACCCAAAAGUGUCAAUAGUAUUUCUGACAAAGAAUAAGCUUAUGAAGUUAGUGACUUCCCAUCCUAUUCUGAUACUCAAUAAUGGCACAGUUUAAAAUGUAUACAAACGUGUAAUUUCAAAAUUCACUUGAAUUUUUAAAGUAUUUCAUGAAGUAUUUCUGGAGGUCGUAUAAAAAUGAUUGGCUUUUCAGAGCACGUUGCCACCAAGUCAAGGAGGGUGGAAUCCUGUCCUGGGAGUGUUGGAACAUGCUUGUCCUGGGGGGACAAAGUCACAUUCAGAUACCCGGCAGCUGUUGUGGGAGGGGCGCUAGCUCUUCCCUGGGCUCCUAGAGGAUGGUGGUUGCGGGAGUGAAAGAGAAAAGCAGUUGGAGCUCAGGGACUUCCCAACAGCUAAAGCUGCCGAGGGUGACACCCUCCCAGGUCCCAUCAUAGCCUGUGUUUAAGCAGAAACCACGUGAUCACUUGCAUCAGAGGUCUGAGUAUCCAAUCGAUCCGAGGGUGGGGCAGAUGAUGCUUGAGGUCCCUUGAACCCCAGUGCUGUACGGUGUCUUGUAAGAUGACUCUCCCUAACCUGGCUUCAGUGGGGCGGCGGUUAGCAGUCCCCAUAGCUGCCCCGUGUGGAUUGCAUUGCCUUCUGGGCACCCUUCCAAGCACUUCACAGAGUGACCACAUUCAACCCUCGCAGCAACUCUGCUCCACGUUGUAUCGUCUCCAUUUCACAGAUGAGGAUGCUGAGGCACAGAGCCGUUAGGGGACCUGCCCUAGGAGCUGAAAGGGCACAGCUGGCUGGAAUCCGGGCAGUCUGACUCCUGGGCCCCUGCUGUGGACCGUGUCCCCGGGGAGGUGGCUCCUCAGGAGAGCAGCUAUCUCAGGCCGCCAGUGCACUGGGGCACGGAAUUGUUCCUCCUGCACAGGACACACGCAUAAUCAACCUGACUCUGACCUUGGAGACGCCGCUUAGACUGUAGCUGUUGUCACAGAACGUGCUAGAUUUCUGGUUGUGAUAUUAUUACGGGGAUAAAUUUUAAAAUCCCAGGCAAUUAUUUUCCAAAGGCAUUUGCUUGCAUCGAUUAUUUAUUGAUUCAUUCCAUUUUUGUGCUUACGAGAAAGAAAUUAAUUUCUUUUUUCACUCAUUCACCAUCACAAGCUGUCCGGUGGGAGGACGGCUGCCAGCCUUUGGCUGAGGAAUGUCACAGCACCAGCCUCUGUUGGUGUGAGGUCAAUAUUUCCAAUAUUUACUCUACAGUCCUACAUAAAUAGGCAUCUCUUAUGCAGUAAAUUCCAUUUUAAAUGAGAAAAGCAUAUUUCUGAUUAGCAAGAUUUAGUUGUAAUCUGAAACACGGUCAAUAAAAACUUCAAUUUUGUACAA